AUGAUGAUGGGAGCGGCAGGUGAAAUGAAUUUCCUUCAACGAAUGAAGAGUGUAAUAGGACACGCUCUCAUGAAAUUCUUCUGGAAAAGACUGAUUGCUGAUCCUGAAACAGAGCUGUUUCGGCAGAUGAUUCACCCUGAUUUUCCGGAUUUACUCGACUUGGCAUCUAAGUGCCCCCUGGUGAUGGCGAACACCAACGAUCUUUAUGAAAUGCCUCGGCCAACACUUGCCAAAGUGGUGAGCAUUGGUGGAAUUGGUAUGGAAACACGAGAUGUAAAGCCACUACCCAAGGACAUCGAAGAAAUAAUGCAAAAAGGAGACGGAACUUUGCUAUUUUCUUUCGGUUCAGUCGCCGCUGCACAUAAAAUGCCUGAGGAAUGGAAGGCGAUUUUCUUGAAGACGUUCAAAAAACUUUCAAAUUACCAGUUCCUGAUGAGAUAUGAUAAGGAUGAUUUGAAUGAUAAUCUCCCAGAGAAUGUCCAUCUAUUCAAAUGGCUUCCACAGUCCGACAUCCUUCAACAUCCGAAAACUAAGGCAUUCAUCACUCAUGGAGGAUAUAACAGUGUUCAGGAAGCGAUCCGUGGAGGUGUACCGUUAAUAUCCAUCCCAUUGUUUGGUGACCAACAACAAAAAUGCUCGUUUGGCUGA